CACCCACAUCGCCUAUUUCUUUGCCUCCUUACGCCGUGGCCUCUUGGUCUCUUCGCUUCGCUUCUUCCCCUCCUCAGCCACGACCUCUCAAUCCCCUUGUCGAAGACUCGAAAAUGGCAUCUUUCUUGAAGAACGCCUUUGGAGGUGCAAAGGCCCCUGAGCCUGCGAGUCCAGAUUCUGACUUCGCAGACUUCGCCGAGGCUCCCAAUCCAGCUCCUGAGGCCGCUACCCAGGAUGCGACAGCUGGAAGUGCCGCUGCCGCUGCUACGGCCGUUCCAUAUACCAAGUGGUACAAUGUCCACGAGCGUCACUCCCUUUCCGAGUUCAGGCUUGAGGGCAUCAUUCUCCUCAUCUCGAGUUUUAUCUUCCUCCUUCAUAUGAUUGGCGCUCGCCGCAAUCGCUCUAGGGCCAAGGCCUGGAUUCGCGCUCACGCCCCCGUUCUCCAGAAGGAGUACGCUCUUGUUGGCUUUGGUGGUGUACCCACCUUGGAUAACCAAGAUGUCAAUCCCGAUACACUCAUCAAGGAGAAGUCCCUCUUCGAAUUUGCAACAUACGCUACUGGUCGACAGAACACGGCUUUCACCGACUUCAAGCUUACUCUGACCAAGAAGUUCAACCCCAUUGUCAAUGGCUUCGAGCAUGUCGCAAGCUUUUUCGUCGAGACUGUUGAUGCGCCUAAGGAUGCCGUCGAGGUUCUGACCUACCCCUUUGAUGGCAAGGAGAGUCUUACAGUCCCCUCUGCUCCUGGUGCUUCUGAAAUCCGCGCCAAGGAUGCUAAGAGCACCUACGAUGGUUUUGUUUGGGGUGUUGUGCACAAGGACGUCAUGCGUCGCGUCCGCGACGACCGAUACGAUGUGUCUCUCACUUUCACCAAGGAUAACCCUAAGCUUCCCGCUUGGCUCACUGUCAUGAGCGAGAGCGCCGAGAUCACUGAUACACUCCUUACUCCUGAGCUCAUUGCCGCUGUUGAAGCCGCUGGCGACCUGUUCGAGUACCUAAUUAUCUCCGAUCAGCCUGUUGACAAGCCCGCUACCCUUGAGGAGACGACUCCCCGCAAGCGACUCUUCCUGAAGUACGCCCUCCCUUCCGAUGGCAAUUACGAUAAUCUUCUGCCUCUCUUCUCGCACUUUCUCCAGCUUCCCGAUGUCCUUGUCAAGGUUGCUCAUUUCCGCCCCGAGGUUUCCAAGAAAGUCCGCAGCACCCGUGAGCAUGCCAUCAGUGAGCUUAAGAAGACCGCUGAGAGCCAACGCCAAGAGGAACUCCUUCUUGAGAAGGAGAAGGCCCGCAAGGCUAAGCGCGAUGCUGAGCUCAAGGGUCUCGAUGCCAAGGCGCAAAAGCGAUACCUCGAGAAGGAGAGGGAGAAGGAGAUGCGCAGAUCUCAGAAGCGACAGACACAGCGUGCCUAGAGCAGCCAUUUCCCUGUACAAAUGGGCUGGUUUAAGAACCAACAGUGGAAAAGAUGCAUAUUACCAUGGCGGUUUCGUGUACGGGUACGGAAUUUGUAACAGUAGUUUAUUUAUC